AUGAGUGGUGAUAUUUUAGUGUCAUAUCGCGACUGUCCAAUAUGUUUAAAACUUCUUUUUGAACCGGUGUCAACAUUAUGUGGUCAUACAUUUUGUUUAUUAUGCUUAGAACGUUUUAUUUUAACAUCAAACCACACAUUGCAGUGUCCUAUAUGUCGCGAAGAUUUGACAUAUCUUCAUUCAACUUCUUCUAAACAUUUAAAAGCAAAUUCGAUUCUUCACAAUCUUUUCCGACAAGAAUAUGUGAAAGAAUAUGAUAUACGACAAAGUGAAACUGAGAAUGAAAGAAAAAAUAUUAUCAAAAAACGUUUAAUUAUUGGAAAUAGACAUCAAUUAUUAUCAUAUGAUUACGAUUAUACAAGACAUGAAUGGACAUUAUUCAUUAAAUUUGAAAAUGAUCAUCAAAAAGAUGUUGGUCAAUUUAUUAAACAGAUUAUAGUUAAUCUACAUCCAACAUUUGUACCGUCACAAAUUAUUCUAGAUAAACCACCAUUUCGAUUAACUAGAAUUGGAUGGGCUGUCUUUAAUAUUUCUCUUUCUAUUGAAUUUCAUGCUAAAUGGAACAAAUCUGAUUUAGUAACGAAUUGGUUUUUAUCAUUUUCCGAUGCAGAUACCCAGAAGAUGAUGGAAAUUGAAUUUCAAAAAUCUACAGAUAAUACUACAAAUAAUACAGUUUUGUGA